AUGCCUUCAAAACCCAGCGAUUCAUCCAACUUUAUGGACCAACUGGUGAACUUCACUCUAUGCCAGGAGGACCUCCGCGACGGACAGAUUGUUUGGUGCACUUUUAGUAUUUUCUUCUUCGUCCUCGGCUUCCCUGCUUACGUCUGCAUCUUCUACGAAUGGUGUCAGAAGUACAACACUGGCUCUUUACCUCUGACUCCCUAUAACUUUUUCAUGCUAAACCUGACCAUCAUGGACUGGGGCUUCUUGGUCACCUUCCCCUUCGGUCUUGGCAAUCAUUUCUUAUUACGCAACUGGGUCAUUGAAAGCAUCUGGAAUGGUAUCUACGCGCUCAGUUUCUGCGGCAGACCUCUCAUCAUGGCCUGUGUUUGUAUGGACUGCUACCUGGCUGUGGUUUAUCCGCUGCUCUACAGGAACUGGACCACUCUCCAUCCCAGAAUCGCUGUCGCACUCUUCAUUUGGCUCGUGACUGUGUCUUUUGGCCUCUUGGUGGGAAUCGUGCCAGAACUGUACCUGACGUUCAUAGCAGUUCUUCCGUACGUCUUGGCAUUGCUAAUCAUCAUCAUCUGCGACGGUUUCAUUCUCUACACUCUGAUGAAGGCCAGUCCUGGGGGUAAAACCGUGCAUCCGCAGAAGCAGAGAGCCAUAGAAACCAUCACGACCAGUUUGGCAGCGUCUCUGCUCUCCUACAUGCCGCCAGGCUAUUUCUGCUAA